AUGGGAGACGCAGGCGGUCUACUUGACGAGAUCACACACCCGGCACUGCUAAUUCCUGGGCCGGUGGAUUUCGAUAAGGCCGUGUUGAAAGCCAUGAGCAGUGAUGCUGAAUUUCACCUCGGGACGUCCUUCGUCAACGUCUUCGGCGAGGUCUUGUCGAUGCUUCGACGCUUUUUUCAGACCACCAACCCAGAGUCACAACCCUUCGUGCUGUCCGGCAGUGGCACGCUGGGCUGGGACCUUGUGGCCGCGAACCUCGUCGAGGCCGGUGAGCAUGUGCUCAUACUUCAUACCGGGUACUUUGCAGACUGCUUCAAGGAGUGUUGUGACAACUACGAGAUUAAUGUCACAGAGAUCAAGGCUCCAAUAGGACAUCGGCCCCAGCUGGACGAGAUCGAGGCUGCACUUUGGGAGAGACCGUACAAGAUCAUCCAGCUCACACACGUGGACACCUCAACCGGAGUCCGUAUACCUCUUCAGCCAUUGGUUCAACUGGUUCGCCGCGUGUUUCCCAGCACUCUCGUCGUCGUAGAUGGCGUGUGCUCUGUCGGCUGCGAAGAGAUCGCGUUCGACGACUGGGAUCUCGAUGUCGUGAUGAGUGCAACCCAAAAGGCAGUCGGAUGCCCCGCCGGCCUAUCAAUCAUGAUGUGUUCGUCACGCGCCAUGAAGGUCUUUGACUCACGGCGGUCCAAGCCGCCGUCGUAUUAUGCGAAUCUCGCCAAAUGGCUACCGGUGAUGCGGACAUAUGAGGCCAGGAGACUCGGCUACUUCGCUACCGAACGCUUUAACCAACACGCGCAGGCCUCGGCCAAAGUCAAACAGGCUGUGGGCGAGAUGGGCCUGCAGCAGAUAGCGCAAGAUCCCGAGGAUCAGGCCCACGCACUCACCGCCAUGUACCUUCCUGAGGGUCUUGCACCGAUAGACAUACUCCCAAGACUCUUGCAACGAGGCGUAAUACUCGCAGGCGGUCUGCACAAGGAUCUCCUCACCAGAUGCAUUCGUUUCGGCCACAUGGGCGUUUGUGUGACUCACGAGCAGCGCGACGACAUCGAUCGAGGGAUCGCGGCUCUGAGAGUGGUGCUCGAUGAAGUGAUGCGUGAGAAGGGACAAGUUGGUGCUCACUCUUCAUGA